UUUCUUGACGCGAAGGUGAAACUGACAGUUCAGUGCACAGUGGUCAAUACCUGUGGUUGCAAAAUGGAAUCACAUUUUGUAAAAUUAUUUUUGAUAAUUUUUGAAUCCUAUGAAAGUUCAAAUUGUUGUUUCCUGAUAUCACAAAUCAAGCGUCUAAUUACUUCAUGAUGAAACAGCUCGACUGCAACAACAGCGGAAUUUUCGCAGAAGAAAAUGGCUAAAAUUCCGUGUUCUGUAAAACUGCACUAUAAGUAGAACUGUAAAAAAAUGAUACCAUACUUGAAUUAUCGUCUCGUGCUCGUGGUGUCCAGCUUAUCUUUUGCUUCACUGUAGAUGCAUUGUUCCACGAAGCGGGAAAGAAAUUCAGCUUCUCGCUGUUUGUCAAAAAGCAAGAGAACAAAAAAGGGCAAACAGUUUGUAAAAACACCAGCAACAGAACGGGGCACUCACAAAAAUGCAAAUUCUACUAGAAGUUUGUGUCGAUACAUUCGAAUCUGCCGUUGCAGCGAUCCAGGGUGGCGCCGACCGUAUAGAGCUCUGCUCUGCGCUUAGUGAAGGUGGCCUGACGCCCUCGGUGGGCCUGUUGCGAGAAAUAAAGCAAUACCUUGCAGCGGAAUAUGAUGCACCAUUGCUAAGCGGUCGCCCAACGAUCUUCCCCGUGUACUGCAUGAUACGGUGCCGCAGGGGUAGUGAUUUCUGCUACUCCGCGCAGGAAAUGAACGCCAUGCUGUGGGAUAUGCGGCUGUUGAAACAGAACGGUGCCGAUGGGUUCGUGUUCGGCGCACUGGAUCCAUCAUCAUCUUGCCGCGUGCAUCGAGAACACUGCGAACAAGUGGUUGUGGCGGCAGGAGAGCUACCGCUAACCUUUCACCGUGCCAUUGACUGCACGGAGGAGAGCGCACUGGGUGAGAAUCUACGGUUGAUAGCUGAGAUGGGCUUUUCGACCGUUUUGACGAGUGGAUUGAAACCGACGGCAGAGCAAGGGAUGGAAACGAUCGCUAAAAUGAAGAAAAUAGCAGAUCAGCUCACCGGUAAAUCACUUCGUGUGAUGCCCGGUUCGGGAGUAUCGACGCAAAAUGCACGGCAAAUACUGCAACGUACCGGAUGCGAUGCAAUACACGGAUCGGCAAGCAUAACGAAACCGGCGGGAGGUCAUCAAACAGGAACCAUAUCGAUGGGCGGAAGCAAUGUCGAUGCUAUGCCAUUGAAAGUGUGCAGUAAAGCAAAGGUGCAAGAGUUGCGCCAGUUGAUCGAUAGCUAAGUGUAGGAAAAUAAAGCAUUACCCUUACCUCUGCACUGGGAGCCUGGGAGGUAGCUGAUACCUUCCUAUGUUUUCUUUCACUUGGGCCCAACGUACGGUCACGCGUGUUUUUGGAUCGUACAUCCCAUACCGUGGUGUAUUUAUUGUGAACGUUUUUUUUUGCACAUAAUUCACUGCUGAAACGAAGCGGGAUAUUAGAAUCCAGGGGAGGCCGGUCACCGCAAUGGUUGGA